AUGCCGGAACCGAUUCCUGGGCCAGCGCCGUUACCUAUUGUUGGGAAUGCCCAUAACCUUGACCUUGUAAACUCCUUUACCACGUUUGGGAACCUCACGGAUACAUAUGGACCGAUCUUUAAGCUUACCCUGGGUGGUGAGGAGAAGAUCUUCAUCACUACUCAUGCUUUAAUGGAUGAAGUUUGCAAUGAGAAGCGGUUCUCAAAACUCGUUGCUGGUGGUCUGGCUCAGAUCAGAAAUGGAGUUCAUGAUGGGCUCUUCACGGCUCACCCAGGGGAGCAUAACUGGGAGAUUGCACAUCGUGUUUUGAUGCCAGCGUUUGGUCCAUUAUCAAUUCGUGCCAUGUUCGAUGAGAUGCAUGAUAUUGCAUCCCAGCUGGUAAUUAAAUGGGCUCGAUUUGGUCCCAAUGAGAAGAUCCAUGUGACGGAUGAUUUUACGAGGCUGACUCUUGAUUCUAUCGCUCUGUGUGCCAUGGGGACCCGAUUCAACUCGUUCUAUCAUGAAGAGAUGCACCCAUUUGUUAAUUGCCAUGACUGGUUUCUUGGCCGAGUCUGGUGCCAGAGCAAGUCGUCCAGCUGUUGUUCACCCCACCCAAAUGACAAAAAGGACCUGCUCAACGCCAUGCUAAAAGGAAAGGAUGCUAGAACCGGAGAACAGAUGACUGAAGAGAGCAUCAUGAACAAUAUGAUUACGUUCCUAAUUGCCGGCCACGAAACAACCAGCGGCCUUUUGUCAUUCUUGUUUUAUUAUCUCCUGAAACAUCCAUCAGCGUACCAAGCUGCGCAGCGUCAGGUGGAUGAAGUCGUGGGCCGCGGGCCCAUUACUGUCGAGCAUAUGUCUAAGUUGCCCUAUAUAGAGGCUUGCAUGCGUGAAACACUCAGGCUUUCACCUUCUGCGAUAGCUAUCCAAAUGCAAUCCCGGCCGGAUGGCCAAGAGGAUCCAAUCUACCUUGCCAAUGGGAAGUAUCAGGUUAAUAAGGGCCAGGCAAUCGUUUGCAUUAUCCCCCAAAUCCACCGUGACCCAUUAGUGUACGGAGAUGAUGCCAACCUUUUCAGGCCAGAACGAAUGCUGGAUGAACCUUUUGCAAAGCUUCCCAAGAACUCCUGGAAGCCAUUCGGCAAUGGUGUGCGUGGAUGUAUUGGUAGGCCAUUUGCGUGGCAGGAGACCAUACUCGCUGCUGCAAUGCUCCUCCAAAACCUCAAUUUGCGAUUUGAUGACCCAAGCUAUCAGCUGCAAAUCAAGCAGACUCUCACUAUAAAGCCGAAAGACUUUUUCAUGCGUGCGACUCUAAGACACACUGCUGACCCGAUCCAGCUGGAAAAGAUGCUUCAUAUGAAUAUAAAGACGGAAACCAACGCUGCAGAGAAGGGUAGGAAGGCCGGUGCACCAUCAGGCGGGUCAGCAAAGAAACCCAUGACCAUCCUUUACGGCUCAAAUGCAGGUACCUGUGAAGCUUUGGCGCAGAAUUUGGCUCGAGACGCCUCUAGCAGAGGUUACCAUGCUCAAGUCGGUCCGUUGGAUUCAGGUGUUGACAAAGUACCCAAGAAUCAGCCGGUGAUCGUCAUAUCAUCCAGUUAUGAAGGCCAACCUCCGGACAACGCUGCACAUUUUGUCGAAUGGAUCCAAGGGCUCGACAGUGAUGCGAUGUCUGGAGUGAAAUAUGCAGUAUAUGGCUGUGGGAAUCACGAUUGGACAUCUACGUUUCACAGGAUACCAAAGCUUCUGGAUUCAGAGUUCAACAAGUGCGGUGCGACUAGAGUCGCUGAUAUCGGCCUUGGGGAUGUAGCAGAAGGGGACAUCUUCAACCAUUUCGAUAAAUGGCAAGAUGAGCAACUCUGGUCUUCAAUUGGGGGUGAAGUAGACCCAGCAGAAGAGGGCACCGUGGAGGUUGAUAUCGAUACAGAUGCCCGAAAGUCUACUCUCCGUCAGGAUGUGAGAGAAGCAACUGUCAUCAGCAAUACAGUGCUGACGGCACCAGGAGAACCAGAGAAGAGGCACCUUGUUUUAACCCUUCCUACUGGGAUGUCGUAUAAGGCCGGAGACUAUCUUGCAGUGCUCCCUAUCAACGACCAGAGAAAUAUUCGACGAGCCUUGAACCGUUACACCCUCCCGUGGGACGCUAUGCUGACUAUCAAGGUUGGGGCUAACACCACCUUGCCAACGGGUCACCCGGUGUCCGCCAUGGAUGUAUUGAGUGCAUAUGUUGAACUGGGCCAACCAGCCACGAGGAAGAAUGUUGCUCGCAUUGCAUCCAGCAUAUCCGACGAGAAGAUUCGUGAGGAAGUCCUAACACUUUCAAAAGAAGGAUUUGAAAGUGAGAUCCUAAAGAAACGCCGUUCUCCGUUGGAUCUUCUUGAAGAAUAUCCAACUGCUGAACUACCUCUCGGCGAUUUCCUCGCAAUGCUACCACCGAUGCGCAUUCGUCAAUAUUCGAUUUCUUCGUCGCCAUUAGCAGACCCAACAGUCGCGUCUAUUACUUGGUCCGUCCUGGAUGCGCCAUCUCGGAUUGGAGAUUCAAAGCGGUUCCUUGGUGUGGCGUCCAACUUCCUCUCCAGGACUCAUGAAGGCGAUAGGAUCCACGUUGCCGUGAAACCGAGUCAUGGCAACUUCCAUCCUCCCAAAGAUACCGAAAACACGCCUGUCAUCAUGUUCUGUGCCGGAACUGGCCUUGCCCCUUUCCACGGAUUUGUUCAAGAGAGGGCAAUUCAGACCCAGGCGGGCAGAAAGGUCGCACCCGCAUACCUUUUCAUCGGGUGCAGACAUCCCGAAAGGGACGCUCUCUUCAAGGAUGAGUUUCAGAAAUGGGAAGCUGACGGAAUAGUGAGGGUGUUUUAUGCAUUUUCCGCAGCUAGCGAGCAGAGCAAGGGCUGUCGAUAUGUCCAGGACAGGUUGUGGGAGGAAAGAGACGAGAUGAGAAAGAUCUUCGCCCAGGGCGCAAAGCUUUAUGUUUGCGGCACCAGCAGAGUUGGAGAAGGCGUUGCAUCUACAGUAAAGAAGAUAUUCCAGGACUAUUGCGCCUCUGUUGGCAAGCCAAAGACGGACGAAGAGGUUGAGCUCUGGUUCCAGGGCAUCAAGAGCGAUCGUUUUUCCUCGGAUGUCUUCGCAUAA